AUGUCAAACACCAUGAUCCUAUACGACAUUCCCACCAAAGGCCGCUGCGCAUGCUUCUCUCCCAACGUCUGGAAGACUCGACUGGUCCUCAACUACAAAGGCAUCCCCUACCGGACAGAAUGGCUGUCCCAUCCCGAGAUCGCGCCAAAACUCAAGGCCACAGGCAUCGAGCCCAACCCGGCAGGCCAGGGGUCACCUUACACUCUCCCGGCCAUCCAGCUCUCUGACGGCAACACCAUCAUGGAGUCCACCACCAUCGCAGCGAAGCUCGAGUCUCUUCACCCCAACCCGCCCCUCCACCUCGACAACGGACUGGUGCAAAAAGUUGGUCCGAUCAUCGGCAAGGCCUCCUUCCCCCUCAUCCCAGUCUUCAUGCCACGGAUCGGUCGGGAUGUGAUUGUUGAGGACUCCGUCGAGUACUUCCAAACCGCUCGCGAGAAACGGUUCGGGAUGACGCUCGACGAGCUCGAGAAGACCAAAGGCGGCGAGCAGGCGUGGGAAGCAUCCCGGCCUGGGCUCGUGGAGCUGUCCGAGUUCAUUGCUGCGCAGAAGCAGGACGAAGGGCCUUUCAUCCUGGGAAGUGUGGGGUGCUAUGCUGAUUUCAUGAUCGCGAGCAUGGUUGAGGCGUUGAGGAGGAUCGGAGGUGAUUUGUACGAGAAGUUUGUUGAGACGGCGCCUGAUGACAGCGUGCAGAAGAUACACCAGGCCUGCCAGAAGUGGAUGGAGAAAGAUCAGUAG